AUUUGUGAAAAACGAAAACAAUUCAAACACAAAACUUAAUCCAGAUAAAUUAUUGCACCGUUUGGUCAUUUUGCAUUUAAUCGAUCUAUGAUGCAUAUAAUCUCUAAUUCUAUAGCUGCCGUUAAAUUCAAAAUCCUCCUUUAAACCCUGUCACGCCUACACCACAACUCUCAACACUUAAAACCACCCAAAAAGCAACAAAAAAACACACAGAGAUGAACAAAUCAACUGCACCAAGAAAAACCAAACGGCACCCAGCUCCGCCGCCGCCGCCCAGCCCUAAAGUCCUCCACUUCCCCCGCAGCCGCAGGACCCGCCGCAAGCAAACCAGGACCGCCGCCAGCCGCCGCCUCGACCAAAACGGCCCACCACUACUGCUCAUGCGCCAAAAGUACCAAUCCCACAAGGCGACGCUCGAGAAGCUGUUCAAUCGAGAAAACGACGACCCACCCACCACCCAUGGGCUCGCUCCCUCCGUCUCGUACUCGGAAUCACCGACCAGCGGAAGGAGGGAGAGGGUGGAGGAAGAUGACUGUGGAGAGUAUUUUAAUGGCGCCGGCGGCGGGUUUGAGGAGGAGAAGUGGAAGUUUCAAUCGGAGAUACUGAGGGCCGAAUGUAAAUUGUUGAGAAUGGAGAGGGAGUUUGCUCUGAAGAAGAUGGAGAAAAAUAGGGUUAAUGUGGAAAGAACUCUGAAAUCGGCUGUUCAAGCACUUGUCUCUGGAAGAAAGAAGAUUUUUGAGGGGAAGAAUGUGAAUGAUGUCUUAGAUGAAGAGAUAGAAGAUUUAGCAGAGAAGCUGGAGGAGCUGCAAAAGAGUUCAAGAAGUAAAGAAGAAUUUGAAGUUCAAAAUUGCAGUAAUUUCGACAAGAGCGCUUGCCUUUUGCAGCGCAGGUUAGAAAAUCUCAAAGGAUUAUCCAGUGUAAAGUCUAGAAAGGACUCACAAAAUGGAGCUGAGUUGAGCCUGUGUGUUGAUGCGAACCAUGAAGGUGAUAAAGAGAGCAAUAUUUCCAAUUGGAAAACUGAGGAUAAGUUGUCCGAUGUGGAUUUUCUGAGGGACAAAAUGGAGGGACUAUCAAAGGGCAUUUUAAACAGAGUUGAGGAAGAAUACAAUUCAAUUCUUUCCAUUACUGCCAAUGGCUCAGAGUCUGUUAUGGCUAAUGAGAACAAAUGCACGGGCCGUUGUAAGGCCAUUGUGCGGAGGAUAGUCGAGCAAGUGAGAGCCGAGACUGAGCAGUGGGCCCAAAUGCAGGAGAUGCUGGCGCAGGUGCGCGGUGAAAUGGAGGAGCUGCAAGCGUCCCGCGAUUUCUGGGAAAAUCGAGCCUACAAUUUAAACCAGGAAAUUCGAGCCCUCAGGAACACUGUGGAAGAAUGGAAGGAGAAAGCAAUCAGAUACGAAAACAAGGCAAACGAGACGAGUCUUGAGAUUUCCACUCUCAAAGAGCAAACUCGAAACCCGAACACGGAUUUAUCACUGCCUCCUCCGUUUCCUCUCGGAAAGCAACUCGAAAAGGAGAAAAUAUUCUCGAGCUUCCGGCUGAAGAAAAACAGCGCCGUCGAUGAGAAGGGGCGCAAUUACGAAAAUGGCCCUGAAGAGGAGCUCAAGACGGAAGAAAGUUCGCCAAAGAAAGGUUUGCCUGAGCCACUUUCUUUAGGCAAACAGCUCGCGAAAGAAAAAAGGAAGAUCCUUCGUCACUUGAAGGAGAAUCCAAAUCGUGUGCAUGCUGAUGAUGUUAGUAGUCGAGAGAGAGCAAGUAAACGAGAGGUCCCAAUUAGUGUUCGAAGGAAAAAGUCGUGCUCGAGCGGUUUUGGGAUUUUGGACCCUAGCAGGUCACCUUUGAUGGAUAUUAGUAGUUUGUCUCCAUUGACGAGACAGAUUAGUCGAUCGGCCUUUUUCGGUUUCCUUAGCCCCGAGAGUUCAAGAAUAAGGGGUAGUUUUAGAAUGUGAUGAAUCAUGAAUUUUGUUAUUUGUAACCUUUUCUCUAUUUAAAAAAAGAUAUAUAUUUUUUUUUUCUUUCUUGGUCAUCCUUUUUUGUGUGCUGAUGGAGAGAAUUAGCACAUUUUCUUGCCUUAAACCGUGGCAAUUUCAG